AUGUCUGACUUCGACACCCCCUCUUGUCUGGCCUACGACGCAGAAAUCGGAAAUGCAUUCGGCUAUCAGCCAUCUCUCGCUGCCGGAUUGACAUUCACAAUCUUAUUUUUCCUCUCUUCAUGUACGCAUCUGUAUCAGGCAUGGCGGUAUAGGUCGUGGUGGUUGCUACUUUUCGUUGUCGGUGCGGGAUGUGAAAGUCUGGGGUGGAUAGCCAGAACGGCAGCGCAUUAUUGCGCUUAUUCGACGGAUAUGUUUACGAUGCAGAUUGCGCUUUUGGUUUUCGCUCCCGCAUGGACGACAGCCGGAAUCUAUGUCAUCCUCUUCCGCAUGAUCCCCAUCGUCGGCGAAAGAAGCUCGCCAAUUUCAGCCAAGACAUGUCUUUUCGUCUGUCUUGGUAUCGACAUCACCUCCCUAGUUUUACAAGCAGUCGGUGGUGGACUAGCCGGACAAGCAUUCAGCUCCGACGUCGACACCAAACCCGGGACAUAUACUAUUGUCGCCGGUAUUCUCUUCCAGCUCGUUGCAACGUUCAUCUACACAGGACUCAUGAGCAUCGUCUUCUUCCGCGCCUCGAAACCUAUUCUGGCUAGUAAGCCAUUAAGAUGGCUGGCGUUUGCCACGACCCUCACGGUGUGCUGUAUGAUUGCUCGAAAUGUUUUCAGGAGUGUAGAGUUGUUGGAGGGAUGGACGGGACAUUUGCAGACUACGCAAGGUUAUAUGAUUGGUCUGGAUGGAUCUUUGAUGUUGCUUGCUGUGAUAGUGUUGAAUAUUGCUCAUCCUGGGAGGUUACUCAAGAAUGCGGUUCGUGAGAAGGAGGAACGGCUGCCGAAGCUUGAGCGGAUGGGUUCUGAUGAUGAAGCAAGAGACGAAGGGAAAGUGAGCGAUGCAGUAUAG